GUACAUAGUUUCUAGACUGAAUCUCUCCUCCCCACAUUUUAUGCAUGGCGCCACUCUGAGGAGUACAUAGUUUCUAGACUGAAUCAUCUCUUUGACUUGUUUGCCUGCUUAAUAAGCAGUGGCAUUUCAUAAUAAGUUUUCCACAAUGCACAUUGUUCUCAUUACAAGCGCUUUGGUACGCCCUACCUUUGCAAUACUAGAGGUAUUUGUGGAUUCAUGUUGAACCAUCAUUCAAACAUGUGUUUUUGGAUUCAAAGUUUUGAUUUGACCUACCAGACCUGGGCCCACCAGUUGUUGUCUUAUAAGUUUUAUGAUAAUAUCAAGACAUUUAGAUUUUUUUCAGAUGUUUCCCUGACUUUGUUUCAAAACAACAUUUAGUCAAUAGUUUGGAUGCCCUUGUUUAUUAGUUGGGUCUUGUUUCAGCUUUCAAGUGUGCCAAUAGGAUGAUAAUGCUUGAGCCAUCAUUCAAAUCGUUGCUUCAUGCUUGCUCCCAAUAUAAAGCACAAUUGGGUCAAAAGUAUGCAGUCAGUUGCCAACUACCAUGUGGCAUAAUGCUUUUACAAGACCCAAUCAAUUUUAUUCUUGUUCCUUUUUUCUUUCCUCAUUCCAGAAUUAUCUCAAAUAAUAUUUUCAUUUAUUUAUUCUUCUUAAUUAAUUCCAUGUGUCAGGAUGAGGAUGCAUUCUACAGAGAUUAUGCAGAAUCACAUAAGAAACUUUCGGAACUUGGAUUUAGUCCCAGAUCCUCUGGUUCCAAGGGAACUUCGGAUAGUAUCAUAUUGGCACAAAGUGCUGUUGGAGUUGCAGUGGCUGCUGCCGUGGUGAUUUUAAGCUACUUCUAUGAAGUUCGCAAAAGAAUGAAGUGAAAAGACCCAACUUGAAUGCUGCAUAUAGUACCAUAAUAAUUAGUUGAAUCUACUUUGUCCUCUCCAGCCAUGUGCCACUCUAGCCAUGUGCCACAUAGUGUUUCUUUUCUCAGACACAUUGUUUAUAUCCUAUUGGCACUACUUCUACCUAAAGAAACAGUAGGAUACAUUUAAAGAUCCAUAGACAGUACUGAAGAUUGUCGUCUGAACAGAAAGAUAAAAAUAAAAGUCUGUUUUCUCCACCUGAAUUUGGAAUGACAUAACUUCCGCUAUCUGAAUUGUGUUUAGCUUAUUUAUUUGUUCUGUACACUGAUUAUGGAUAUGGACUCCACAGCCAUGCAAUUGGAGUUUCAGGGGAAGAUAUAUUUUUCUAGAUGCAAUUGAAGGCUAUUUUACAGAGAUCAUCAAGAUACUAAUUACUGUUUCAGUAAUGACUAGGUAAAAAAGAUCUGAAGUGGGUGUCUCCAUCAGCAGCACAAGAGAGUCCAAAUACCAAGGUGGAAAUUAUUUGAAGCAAGCAACCAAAUUUGAAGCUUCAUUUAUCCUCGUUGUGGGUCACUGAAACCGACCUUGCGCUAAGGUUAAAGGGAAAGAGACCCACAUGGGGAGGACAGCUAAAGAAAAAAGAGGUAGGUAAAGAAAAGAGGAGAGAGUAUUUUCAUUUAGGACAAUCCCACGAGUCUUGUUCAAUACCUAAGCACAUGCUUACAGAUGUUGCUGUGCUGGCUAUCAUCAAUACCUCAUCCUGGCGAAGUCAUCAAUUUGAACUUAGGUACAAGCAGUCCUAUUGAUGUAUUGCAAAAAGAGAAGGAAAAAUAAAAAAGACUCAACUGAUUGAUUGCAACAGGAGAGCCAUGAUCAGUAAAUAUGUGUAGGUCUCCAUGCUGUGAAAAAGCUCACACGAAUAAAGGAGCAUGGACCAAGGAAGAAGACGAUCGUCUCAUAGCUUAUAUCAAGGCUCACGGCGAAGGUUGCUGGCGAUCGCUUCCUAAAGCCGCCGGUCUUCUUCGAUGUGGGAAAAGUUGCAGACUCCGUUGGAUCAACUACUUAAGGCCUGACCUUAAACGUGGCAAUUUCACCGAGGAAGAAGAUGAGCUCAUUAUCAAACUCCAUAGCCUCCUUGGUAACAAAUGGUCUCUUAUAGCCGGGAGAUUACCGGGAAGAACAGAUAAUGAGAUAAAGAACUACUGGAACACACAUAUAAGAAGAAAGCUUCUGAACAGAGGGAUCGACCCUGCAACUCACCGGUCAAUUAAUGAGACUACUUCUCAAGAUUUGACUACGACGGCGACGACGACGGCGACCACAAUAUGCUUCGCCGCGGGUAACAGUAAUAAUUAUAAUCAAGAAGAUCAAAAGGAGAAGUCUUGCAGCAACAGUACGAGCACUGGGUUUAUUUGUAAAGAAGAAGGAAACCCAGUUCAAGAAAGGUGUCCAGACUUGAACUUGGAGCUCAGAAUUAGUCCCCCGUACCAAAAUUUCCCGUCUUACGAUCAACAUCAGCCGCCAUUGAAGAUGAGGGGAGCAGUUGCAGAGAGGUUUCCGCAUUGUUUUGCUUGCAGUUUGGGAUUGCAGAACAGCAAGGAUUGUAGUUGCAGUAUGGGGAUUGUAAUUAGCGGGAAUGGAACAAGCAGUCCGGGAAGUAAUAGUAGUAAUAUUACAGGUUAUGAUUUCUUAGGGUUGAAAACUGGUGUUUUGGAUUACAGAGGUUUAAUGGAGAUGAAAUGAAAAUUAGAUCAAAUCAAA